GUGGAUUUGUGCUGGAGGACAUCUGCAUGCAAAGGAAAAAAUAAAGGAGGAAGAAACAAGAAGGACUAAAUCAGAGCAACGAUGCGACUGGUCGAUGUUGCAGGGACGCGGUUCCGAAGGGCGGCAGAGGAGGAGGAGAGGGAGCCCCGACCGCCCCCACCCGCCACACACCACUCCAGUCACCAGUUUGCAAGCAUGAAAAACAAGUUCUUCAAUGAGCUCACACACCUGCCAAAUCAUAAGCUCAAGAUGCCCAUGUGGGCCGUGGGAGCCAUCGUGGUAGUGGUCCUUGCUCUUGUAGGCUGCCUGGGAUUCUGCAUCUACAAGAAGUGUUUCAAUAAGGGAUCGAAGCCCAAAAAGGUCCGUGAAAGGAAAGGUGGACGGGGACGCAGGAAGAAGGACAAAGAAGGAGAGGAUGGAGAAGAGAAGAAGGAAGAAGAAAAGGAGGAGGAGAAGGAAUUUUUUGGCAAACUGGAGUACACACUGGAUUAUAACUUUACUGAUAAUCAGCUCAUUGUGGGCAUCCUCCAAGCUCAGGACCUUCCAGCUAUGGACAUCGGUGGGACCUCUGACCCCUAUGUCAAAGUGUACAUGUUGCCAGACAAGAAAAAGAAAUUUGAGACAAAAAUCCAGCGCAAGAACCUCUGCCCUGUCUUCAAUGAGACUUUUACCUUUAAGAUACCAUAUAGUGAGCUGGGUGGUCAGACACUGGUGCUGCAAGUUUUUGACUUCGACCGUUUUGGUAAACAUGAUGUCAUCGGUGAAAUUAAGAUCCCCAUGAACUCUAUAGACCUUGCUCAACCAAUACAUGAAUGGAAGGAUCUGGUUGGAGGAGAAAAAGAAGAGCAAGAGAAGCUGGGUGAUAUCUGUAUUUCGCUGCGUUACGUCCCAACAGCUGGCAAGCUAACUGUUAACAUCAUGGAAGCCAAGAAUCUGAAAAAGAUGGACGUCGGAGGACUGUCAGAUCCUUUUGUGAAGGUGGUGUUGCAACACAAUGGAAAGCGACUCAAGAAGAAGAAGACAUCAGUCAAACAAAACACGUUGAAUCCUUAUUUCAAUGAAAGCUUUAGCUUUGAGAUUCCCUUCUCUCAGAUUCAGAAAGUACAGGUGCUGAUCACAGUGUAUGACUACGACAAACUGGGCAGCAAUGACCCCAUUGGCAAGUGCUGGAUCGGUUACGGUGCCUCUGGCGUUGGCCUUCGCCACUGGUCAGACAUGCUGGCCAAUCCCAGACGUCCAGUGGCCCAGUGGCAUACGCUGCUGCCUGAGGAGGAGGUGGAUGCUGCUCUCAAGGCCCCCAUCCGCUAA